GAGUGGAUGACGUGCACAAUGUGUAAGAACAGGAAGUUUUUUAUCGGAUACAGCCUUCAAUAUCAACGAAGAAAUCAGGUCUGCCUCUACUAAAUGGAAAGUUUUUGGUAAUAAAAUAGAUGUUGAGUAUUUGAAGAUCCAUGGCAUUCCAGAUCCAAAUAAAAUAUCCGGUUCCAGUGCCAGUUCCAGCAGUACCAAGAAAAACAGAUCCUCUAAUACAAUGCAUCAUCGACAACAAGUUAAAGAAACUUCGCAAAUUAAUAAGAAGCAGAGAUAUUAAUGGACUGUACCCUUCUGAGCUCUGGAAUGAUGAUGUUACUCCAUUAUCUGCAGCAGUUUUAUGCAGAAAUGAAGAUAUCUGCUCUUAUCUACUUGAAGAGUCGGCUGAUCCAAACAAAUCCUCAACAAAUGGACGAACACCUUUACAUUAUGCUUCAUUUACAACUGGGGUUCCACUGAAUAUUGUGGAAAGAUUACUUGCAGGAAAAGCUAACCCAAAUGGAUAUGAAUUACAAAUUUUUACUCCAUUGCAAUGUGCUGUUGAUCAAGACCGUGAAGACAUUGUGAAAGCACUUAUAGUGGCUGUAGCUUCACCUGAAACUAACUAUGGGGUGAAUCCAGAGCUUGAUAAAAAGGUGGAGAAAAUGAUUUGUGGACUAUCUUCACAGGGUGAAGUGUUUGAGAAAGUACAUAUAUCUUUCUCUUUUAAUUGUGCUGUACGAAAGAAAAGUCAGAUGGAAGUUUAUAGUAUUUAUAAGAAACAUUUCUUUCAAGAGGAUCCUUUUGUUAAUUUGAUUUAUUUUGAGCUCUACUACAGUGUCAUUGGUAAAGGUGCAGAGCAGUAUCAUCAGAGCGCCAUCAAAUGGUUAAAAGACACAAAGAGUGCAGACAGAUACAUUGAGGGAGUCAUCAAACGAUUCUCAAGAAUCCCUCAGAAACACUGGCUGAUUGCACUGAACUGCUUAAAUGCUGCUUUGUGUGUCAGUGAAAGCAUUUCUACUCCGGUAUUCAGUGAUCUUGUGUCAAUUCUAACAAACAGUCUUCAGCACUUUGGAAAUCCACAAGGAGAAAGAGUCAAUCAUCUGAUUCUAAAGAUACUCAAUGUCAUGAUGCAGAAGACGUCUGAGCAGAAACUGAGACUGAAUCAUUCUGUCUAUGAGAAGUUAUGCAAUAGUCUACUGCCUCUCACACGUCCUGAUUAUUCAAGUCUGAUUGGUAUGUGGACAUACAGUUUUUUCGCCUACAUAAAUGACAUCGCUCCCGAACUUGUAGCACAAUGUGGAUUGUCAUCAGUCCCAGAGAGGAUUCUUAAUGCUGCAGAGAUAGAGGAUGAAGCUAUGAACAAAAAACUACAAAAAUUGAACAUAUCACUCAACCAUCCUUCAGGAAUAGGAGAUGGUUUAUGUGAAGAAAAGUGCAAGAAAAAGAAGAAGAAGAAAAAGAAGGAAAUCCAGAAAGAGUUGGGAUCACAAGAAAGUGAGCAGCAAUGUAAAGAUGAACCACAUCCAGACACUAUAGUGACAUCCAUUGAGGAAUCAAAUUCAAGUGUGCAGCCGUUCACACAACCUGCUGAGAGUCCAAAUAUCUCAAGAAGUUGGCUUCAGACUAGCUGUCGUUGGGGGUCUAAGCUUGAGAAACUAGCUAACAUUGAUGCUAGCAGAACAUACAGACUUGGAAACCUUACUCUUGUGCUCAGUGAUGAAUUUCAGAUCGCUAAGGGAAGUGAUGGAACAGAAGUUUUCCUUGGUUUGAGGGAUGACGGCACUGAGGUGGCUGUGAAACGAAUGAUUAAGUCUAACUACCAAGCACUCAGGAAUGAGGAGGAAUUUCUGCGACUUCCACAGCUUGAAAGAUCCUCCAUCGUGCGAUAUGUGGACUUUGUUGAGGAUGCACAUUUCGGAUACCUUGUUCUUCAGCUUUGUGAGUACACACUGGAGGAAUAUAUCCAAGAUCAUUUACCAGAUGACAGCGCUGAGAGAUCUUUGAUCCUGAAGAAACUGGUGAAGGAAGUUCUCUGCAGCUUACAGGUUUUACAUGACCAGAAAACCAAAGUACUCCAUCGAGACAUCAAACCCCAGAAUGUUCUGAUUGACAUAAAUUGAAAAGCCAGAUUGGCUGAUUUUGGCAUAAGUCGUCGACUGAAACAGAGUGAAACCACUUUACGAACAAGAAUUGCUGGAACUAGAUGCUGGAGACCAUAGAUGAGGAAGCCAACACUGGGUACAAGAGGAGCUCCGACAUUCAGGUUGCUGGGAUGUUAGUCUACUACAUUCUUUCUGGAGGACAACAUCCGUUUGGUAAAGGUGCUGCUUGUGAAUACAACAUUUUACGAGGAAGAUACUCUCUGGAUCAACUGGAUGAUGAUGUAGCGAAGGAUCUCGUUGAGUGGAUGAUUAAUGAAGAUCCAAACAAGAGACCAACUGUGGAGCAAACCCUCGCACACCCCUUCUUCUGGACUGAUGACAGGAGAGUGGAGUAUUUGAAAAAACUGGGGAACCAGAAAGAGGUCGAGAACUGUCGUAAUGUUGCUGAGGAGCUCCUUCAAAAUGUAAAAAAAAAACACAGAGGGGAAAAGCUUUUCUGAAUGGAAAACUAAAUUGCCAUUUGAGCUUGUCCAGAAACUGGAUGGUAAGAAGAAAGCCUAUCCGGAGAACACACUGGGCCUGCUGCGUUUUAUACGCAACCUCCACGAACAUUAUUCAGAGGACGCAGAGAGCAUCAACCUGAUGGCUUCAUUCCCUGAUCUGUUUGGGAGUGUGUUCAGGUUUGCGAAGGAGGGAGGAUGGAACUCCAGACCGAGUCUGAAAAAGUUUUUCAGCUCAGCUCCACAGAUCUGACUGUUGUCAAUUCUGGUUUCAAUAUGUACAGUGCCUUGUGAAAGUCCUGUAGGAGAAAAAAAAAAUUAUUCAGUGCCGACGGUUUUGCAGUCCGUCCCCUCAGUUUAUAAACCGUACUCACAAAUUCUUAAACUGUUCCCUCGGUUUAACAAAUGGUGUCCACGGAUUAAUAAACUGUUCCCAUGAAUUUACAAUCUGUGCGCUCAGAUUUUGUAAACCGUACCUUAGGUUUUUGAAUCCGUAAGCAUUAAUUCAUAAUCCAUGCGCAUGCUUUCGCAAUCCAUUCCCUUAGAUUUGUAAACUGUUCUCACGGAUUCAUGCAGCAAGCUCCGAAGUGGCCUAUGUGUUAACACAGUUUUAUUGAAUAUUGUGAAAUAGGCUUACAGCAAAGUGUCUUAAGUGAUUAUCAAUUUUACUACAAGGUGGAAUAAAAAAGAUUUAAUAAGAAAGAUGUGCAUCAAAAUCUUGUUUAAUUUGUGAU